AUGAAUUGCCCGCAAAUGGAUUACUUUAUGAAUGAAUCGGUGAGUGAUGUGGUGUUUGUGAUCGACGGCCACCGGAUUCCUGCCAUUCGUAUUCUAUUGGCUCUCAACAGUUAUGUCUUCCGAGUCAUGCUUUUCGGCGAUUUUGUUGAAUCCAAAGAGAAGGAGAUUCUCAUCACUGGCACCACAGUUGACGCCUUCAAAGCCAUGAUCUUCUACUUAUACACAAAGAAACUGGAAUUCUUGGACAAUGAGGACAUGGAACUGAUCGCCGAAGUGUAUCGAUUGGCCGAUCGCUACCAAUUGGAAGCAUUGACUAAAGCUGUCGAAGAAUACUUGAAGGAAAUCCAAGUGACGGCCGAGAAUUUGCCGCAAAUCUCGAGAAUCGCUUUCAUGUUUGAGAUGAAAGAACUCAGAAGUGAUUUAAUGAUAUUUAUUGAAAAUAAUGUCCACGAAAUCCUUGGUCUCCAUUACAACAAAUCCAAUGAUAUUCCCGAAGAGACCGAAGAAAUGAUUACUGAAUCCAAUAGUUUGAAGAAGACGUCGAGGAAUUGGCACUUCUUUCGCAAACUAAAGCUCUGUUCAAACCUAUUGUCACUUAAUAUGAGUUCAUAUCACGAAAUGUCGACUAUUUUUGACAACAAUAACCAGAUUUUUGUCAAUAACUUAAAGUGUUUUGAAUUCAGAUGUGAUUUGAGGGCAGAUAUGAAGAGGUUUGAGAUAUUUGUGGAAAACAACACCUCUUUAGAGACGUUUCGAUUGAAGAGUAUUUCAAACGCCGACCAAAAGAGUAAAUUCUUAAACGCAACCACUUUUGGUCAGAUCCGACUCAUUCACAAUACAUCCAAAUGUUGUGCAAAACAGGUCCCGAUAAGUCGUUUCGACAAAGACUCGUAUAUUCCUUAUGAAAAACUACAAAAUAAUUUAAAAGUUGUUAAAAAGAGACUGAAUCGUCCGCUAACUUUAUCCGAGAAGAUAUUGUACUCUCAUUUGGAUGACCCGAACAAUCAGGACAUUAUUCGGGGCCAAAGCUAUUUACGCCUUCGACCCGAUAGGGUGGGAAUGCAGGACGCGUUGGCACAGAUGGUUAUGUUUCAGUUCAUUGCCAGCGGACUGUCCAACAUAGCCGUUCCCGCGACUAUACAUUGCGAUCAUCUCAUUGAAGCCCAGAUCGAUGGCGUCAAAGACUUGGCCCGAGCUAUCGAUAUCAACAAAGAGGUCUAUAGCUUCUUGAGUACCGCUGCAGCCAAAUAUGGGGUCGGCUUUUGGAAGCCCGGCAGUGGUAUUAUUCAUCAGAUUAUUUUAGAGAAUUAUGCGUUUCCGGGAGUAUUAUUGGUGGGAACCGAUAGCCAUACCGUAAACGGUGGCGGAUUGGGAGGCCUUUGCAUUGGUGUCGGCGGUGCGGACGCUGUGGACGUAUUGGCGGACAUUCCGUGGGAACUGAAGUGUCCGAAUGUGAUUGGAGUCCAUUUGACCGGACGUCUCAGCGGUUGGACAUCACCUAAAGAUGUCAUUUUAAAAGUGACUGAUAUUCUGACUGUGAAAGGAGGCACCGGUGCUAUCGUCGAGUAUUUCGGGCCCGGAGUUGACUCCAUUUCCUGUACAGGAAUGGGAACCAUUUGUAAUAUGGGGGCAGAGGUCGGGGCCACCACUUCUGUGUUUCCCUACAACAGCCGAAUGAGAGACUACUUGAAGGCUACAAAUCGUAAAGAGAUUGCCGAUUACGCGGACCAGACGCCAGAGUUACUGAGCGCCGAUUCCGGUGCCAAAUACGAUCACGUGAUUGAAAUCAAUUUGUCUGAAUUGGAGCCCCACGUGAACGGACCCUUCACUCCUGAUCUGUCGCAUCCCAUCUCAAAGUUGGCCCAAAACGCUAAAUCAAACGACUAUCCCAUUGACUUAAAAGUGGGACUCAUCGGCAGCUGUACUAACAGUAGUUACGAAGACAUGAGUCGAUCGGUUAGUAUUGCUAAGCAGGCGAUGAAACACGGCUUGAAAUCCAAAUCAAUAUUUACUGUAACCCCCGGUUCGGAGCAAAUCCGGGCCACCAUUGAGAGGGACGGACAGGCGGAACAGUUCCGACAAUUCGGUGCCGUUGUUUUGGCCAACGCUUGCGGGCCUUGUAUUGGACAAUGGGAUCGACAGGAUGUGAAAAAGGGGGUCAAGAAUUCAAUCAUAUCGUCGUUUAACCGCAAUUUCACCGCUCGUAAUGACACCAAUCCGGCGACCCAUCACUUCCUGGCGUCACCCGAAUUGGUGACCGCCCUCUCUAUUGCCGGUCGACUGGACUUUAAUCCGCUUUGGCUGCUUGACUGGCCGCGACUGCCGUUCUUCAAAUUUGACCUCCUCGGCAGACCGCUACUCAACGGCAGCGCACCGAAACUAAACCCGCUUUUGUGUAUGGUUGGCGGCGGGUCAGUACCGAGCCAUGUGACGAUCACUGUCAGCCCUACGAGCGAUCGCUUACAACUGUUGACACCCUUUAAUAAAUGGGACGGAAAGGACUUAACAGAUAUGGUUGUACUCAUUAAAGUGAAGGGCAAAUGCACUACAGAUCAUAUCAGUUACGCGGGACCCUGGCUUAAGUACCGUGGUCAUCUCGAUAAUAUUUCAAAUAACAUGUUUAUUGGAGCGAUUAACGCCGAGAAUAAUGAGGCAAAUAAAGUAAAGAAUCAAUUGACGGACGCCUGGAGUCCAGUGCCGGAAACGGCCCGACAUUAUAAAGCAAAUGGUGUGAAUUGGGUGGCCGUUGGAGAAGACAAUUACGGUGAGGGCAGCUCUCGAGAACACGCGGCACUCGAGCCCAGACAUCUCGGCGGACGAGCUAUUAUUGUCAAGAGUUUUGCCAGAAUUCACGAAACCAAUCUCAAAAAGCAAGGCGUCCUUCCCUUCACUUUUUCCGACCCCAAAGAUUACGACAAAAUCCAACCGACGGACAGAAUAUCAUUACUCGAACUCAAGAGUUUAUCGCCGGGAAAGUCAGUUAAAUGCGAACUCAAACAUAAGGACGGAUCAAAAGACGUGAUUGAAUUGAAGCACACAUUGAAUGACUUACAGAUCCAGUGGUUUAAAGCCGGCAGUGCUCUCAACAGAAUGGCUGAACUUAAGAAAUAAAUCAUUUAAAUUUUGGUUUAUAAAUGUUUAUACUUUAAUAACAUUUAAUCGAUAGUUAAUAAAAUUAAAUGACAUUUGAAUGCAUGAAAGCAAAACAAUUAAUUGAUUAAAUUAAUUAAAAAUCAAACUCAAUAAA